AUGGCUACCAUUUCCAACUCUCUCUUCUCUCCUCUCACUUCUCCUUCCCCUCUAUCUCCUCGCCGACCCUCUACAUUCACCGUUUCUCUCUCUGCCCCUCGCUUUCUUUCUCUUCAAUCCAAUCCUCGAUCCACCUUCAUCGCUUGCGCUUCUCUCGACGCUGGUAAAGGAGACGUUCCCGUCGAAAAGACAUAUUCAGCAUUUCCUACGGUGAUGGAUAUUAAUCAAAUACGGGAAAUUUUACCGCACAGGUUUCCGUUUCUUUUAGUGGAUAGAGUGAUUGAGUACAACCCAGGGAUCUCAGCAAUAGCAAUUAAGAAUGUGACUAUAACAAUAACUUCUUUCCUGGGCACUUCCCUGAGAGGCCAAUUAUGCCUGGUGUGCUCAUGGUUGAGUUUGGAUUUGGAUACAUUACAUGUGCCUCUAGUAAUUGCUGAUGAAAGUGGUUGGUGGGUCCAGGCAAUGGCUCAGGUUGGGGGCUUGGUUAUGCUUCAACCUGAAGUUGGAGGCUCUCGUGAGAAUUUCUUCUUUGCAGGAAUCGACAAAGUGAGGUUCCAGAAACCAGUCAUUGCAGGAGACACUUUGGUUAUGCGAAUGACUCUGGUUAAGCAUCAAAAACGGUUUGGAAUUGCAAAAAUGGAAGGGAAGGCAUAUGUAGGAGGUGAGAUGAGGUGGUAUGUGAGGGCGAGUUCUUGA